CCCAGAACGGCCGCAGAAGUCGGAGGCCGGUGCGCAGGGCGAAGAGGGCACCGGGGGCGGGGGGCUCCGCUCCCCGCCUGACCCCUCUCGCCCCAGCCAGGAAAGUGAAGGCUCCUCGGACUAUAGAGCCAGCGGAAGAACAGACCACAACCGCCGGGCGCUCCCGAUCGAAGACUUGCCCCACCCGCCCCCCUCCCCGCCCCCACGGGGCUCCGAACUCACUGGUGAGCGCGGCGGCAGCCGUGAUGGCCCCGCGCGCGGGACAGCCGGAGCACAGGGGUCCGCUGCUGCCGGGGCUGCUGCUCCUGGCGGCGGCGCUGAGCCGACCCGCCGCACCCUGUCCCUUCCAGUGCUACUGCUUCGGCGGCCCUAAGCUGAUGUUGCGCUGCGCGUCGGGCGCCGAGCUCCGGCAGCCUCCGCGGGACGUGCCACCCGACGCGCGCAAUCUCACCAUCGUGGGCGCCAACCUGACUGUGCUGCGCGCGGCCGCCUUCGCCGGCGGGGACGCGGACGGGGAGGAGGCGGAGGCGGAGGCGGCGGGUGGCGUGCGCCUGCCGCUCCUGACCGCUCUGCGCCUCACGCACAACAACAUCGAGAUGGUGGAGGACGGCGCCUUCGACGGGCUGCCCAGCCUGGCGGCGCUCGACCUGAGCCACAACCCGCUGCGCGCUCUGGGCGGCGACGCCUUCCGCGGGCUGCCCGCGCUGCGCUCCCUGCAGCUCAACCACGCGCUGGCGCGGGGCGGCCCCGCGCUGCUGGCCGCGCUGGACGCCGCGCUCGCCCCGCUCGACGAGCUGCGCCUCCUGGGCCUGUCGGGCAACGCGCUUAGCCACCUGCCGUCCGCCGCGCUGCGCCGGCCGCGCCUGGAGCAGCUGGACGCGCGCCUCAACGCGCUGGCCGGCCUGGGCCCCGACGAGCUGCGCGCGCUAGAGCGCGAUGGCGGCCUCCCCGCGCCGCGCCUGCUGCUCGCCGACAACCCCCUGCGUUGCGGCUGCGCUGCGCGCUCCCUGCUGGCCUGGAUGCGCAACGCCACGGAGCGCGUACCCGACGCGCGGCGCCUGCGCUGCGCCUCCCCGCGGGCGCUGUACGACCGGCCUUUCCUGGACCUGGACGAGGCGGGGCUGCGCUGCGCCGAAGGCGACGCCGACGGUCGCGGGGAAGAAGUGGAACUUGCCGGCCCGGAGCUGGAAGCCUCCUACGUCUUCUUCGGGCUGGUUCUGGCGCUCAUCGGCCUCAUCUUCCUAAUGGUGCUCUACCUAAACCGCCGUGGCAUCCAGCGCUGGAUGCGCAACUUGCGCGAGGCGUGCCGGGACCAGAUGGAGGGCUACCACUACCGCUACGAGCAGGACGCAGACCCGCGCCGCGCGCCCGCCUCGGCCGCCCCCGCCGGUUCUGGGGCCACUUCCCCCGGUUCGGGCCUCUGAGCUUCGCUUGUUGGGACUUGGGGAUUACCCCUGAUGACCUGUCCCGAGGCCGUGGGUAUGAGACACCCGCGAACUUGGGGCUUUGAGACCUACGCCUGACCGAUCUGAGACCUUUGGAUUAUGGCAUCUCCCCCACCUGGAGGCCCCAAGCUCUACCCCCCUCCCCAGCCUCUGAGAGCUGUCACCAUCAAAGAUCCAGAGACACUCUCUUCUGAUUCCAGAAACCCCAUCCACCCAUCCCAAGCUCUGACAGCCCUCCUGAACCACCAGAAGCCCCCUCCCCCUUUCAGCACUCACCCAGAGACCCUGUCCUUCAAUCCGAAGGCCCUGGGACUGCUUCCACUACCCUGUGCUUUGAACCCAGACCUCUCAGCAGGAAACAUCCCCCUAGACUACACUCCAGCUUGCAGCCCUCAGCUCCCUUCGAGGGCUCAGGGACCCUCACAUCCCAUUCUGGUCUCAGAAGCACAGCAACCCCACCAGAAGGUUUCUGUGGACUUUGAGCCUUUCUUCUCGUUUGGGAGCUCUUAACUCUCCAUCCUGCAUAGAACCUACAUCCCGGGAGUCUGAGGGUUGGGCACCCUCCCCCAAUCUGAGGUUGUAUUUCAUACCACCCACCACCCCAGCUCUUGCUCAGGCCCCUCCCUUCCUUGGCCCAGGCUUGGGGUUCAGCUCUUCUCUAUCUCUCCCAUCCGAGGGACAGGCACACCCCUUUAUAGCCUUAGCGUGGAGCUGAUCCUCAGCCUUUCCCACUUUUGGCUCUGAUACCCUAAUACUCAGUCCUUGUCCCCAAUCUCAAACUCUCAGCUCUUCACCCCGAUCUGAGUUUCUUCCCCCUGCCCAAGUCUUAGGCUCUCAAUUCCUCCUACAUCCGUCGCUUCCACUCAGUACCCACACAGCCACUCACUGGCUCAGGGUCCAGUGAGGAAUCCAUCCCUGGGAUAUGCCCAGCCCCCUUUCCUCUUAAGGAUGAGCUCUCUAGCCCUGCAAAACAGGCGCAGAUGUGAAGCACCCCGCAGCCAUACUAGCAGAUCCCCAUGGGAGAUGCUGGAGGAGAGAGUCCUGGGGGUGCAAAGUAGAUGGUCUGGCCUCACAACCAGGGUCACCCGACCAUUUUGCCACAGAGAGGGGUGGGGGAGGGGCUCUGAAGGGCUGGGAGCUGCUGGCCACAUUCUCUUUCCCACCCAUGUGACCCUUCUCCCUUGGAGAGUCCUCUCUGCCACCUCCCCACCGCUGUCCCCCCGUAUGCCUUCUGGAAGAGGAAGGGAAAAGCCCUCCGGUCCAGGGUCAUAGCCUCAGCGCCCUGCCUUCUUCAUGAUCCCAAAGCACAACUGGUGAGUGGGAGGGGCUGCCUCUCCCCGACUCCCACCCCCUGGGUCAGGCAGAAUGGCUGGCCUGUGCUGCCUCUGCACGCAGGAAGUCACCCUCCUUCAACAUAUUGCCUGAGGCCUGCCUUCCCACCCCACCCUGGAAAUCUGGAUCUCCCUUGGGCAGUUUUCUAUAAAGUCUGCAAUAAUCUCAGAUA